AAGAAAAUUUGCCUUAUUUGUUUUCUGAAAGUCUUGCUUUAAGAGAUUAUGCACAAGGUAGUUUAAAUCCUCAAUUUAGAAAUUAUAGUCGCAAAACUGUUAAGAAAGAAAUAAUAAGGCUUUAUAAUGCGGAAAAGGAAAGGUUACAAAUUUUUUUUGCAAACUUUGAUGGGCGUGUUACUAUUUGUUCUGACAUAUGGGAGGAUGAUUUUCAUCAUUUAUAUUAUUUGGGUCUGACUGCACAUUAUAUUGAUGAGGAUUGGAAUAUGCAUAAACGUGUUCUUGCUUUUCGUGAAUUUAAUGAUCGUCACACCGCUGAACAUAUUUAUAUUUUGAUUGAGCGUAUUUUAAUUGAGUAUAAUUUGAUUGAUAAGGUGUUUGCUAUUGGUUUCGAUAAUGCUACUAAUAAUACUGCUGCUAUACCUAGAUUGCGUGAGUUGUGUGGUGCCAAUUCUUUGAUGGGUAGAUUUUUUCAUCAACGCUGUGCAUGCCAUGUUAUAAAUUUAUGUGUGCAAGACGGUUUAAAAGCGUUAGGAGAUUCCAUGGAGGUAAUAAAGGGGGGGAUUAGACGUAUUUGGGGUAAUGGUCAUGAUGGAUAGUCUACCCGGGGGGUAUCUUAUCCGAGGGGUUAUUGCGGGAAUAACUAGAGAGAAGUCAGAGCAAAAUAGGAGGAGAGAGAGUCGAUUUAUUAAAUGAACUCAGCGUGGUUUACAAGGAGAAUAAGGGCUGCUAUUUAUAGCAGCAAUAAAUGUGAUGAGAGUACGCGUGUGAGUAAUCCAACGGCCGAGGGGUCACAUCAAUCGGGGUGGCACCGACCAUCGCACGUUCCCCACAUUAAAUGCGGUGGGUGGAUGUGACGUCGCAUUAAAUGCGGUGGUUGGCUGUCUCCAAAGGGAAUCUUCGAUGAUUGAGUCCGUUUAGCCGAAGGCUCCUCGCGUAGCCGAGGGCUUUGUGUGGACGAAGGCAUUGUGUGGCCGAAGGCUUCAUGUAUGGCCGAGGGCUUCAUGUAUGGCCGAGGGCUUCAUGUAUGGCCGAAGGCUUCAUGUAUGGCCGAAGGCUUCAUGUAUGGUCGAAGGCUUCAUGUAUGGCUGAAGGCUUGAUGUAUGGCCGAAGGCUUGAUGUAUGGCCGAAGGCUUUAUGUAUGGCCGAAGGCUCCAUGUGUGGCCGAAGGCUCCAUGUAUGGCCGAAGGCUCCCUGUGUGGCCGAAGGCUUCAUGUAUGGCCGAAGGCUCCCUGUGUGGCCGAAGGCUUCAUGUAUGGCCGAAGGCUUCAUGUAUGGCUGAAGGCUCCCUGUGUAGCCGAAGGCUUGGCUCAGCCGAGGGCUUCCCCUGGUGCCGAGGGCUCCACAGUGCCGAAGGCUCCUAUUUUCUGUCGUUUUCUCCCAGUAGCUUCGCAUGGUCAAAUAUGGCGGUUCUGUGAGUUUUAGAGCCUUCGGCCAAGGAGGCCGAAGGCAUCCCUGUGUGUACUGUGGGCUUCUUGACGCUUGGGCCGCCGAAUCUUGGGCCUCCUGAGCUCCUUGGGCUUGUUGGGCUUGUGAUAGAUUAGUAGGAGUCUGUGGGCCGGGGGUUCCCGGGCCAUAUACUCCAUCAGGUCAACUUAGAUUAAAAUGGCAAAGUUAUUUGACUGAAAGAGGUGUGAGAUAUGUUGCUUUUCCUAAAGAUUUGAGUAUUCGUUGGAAUAGUACUUAUAAAUUACUUAAAGUUGUUCUUAGAUAUAAAGAACAUUUUCCUGCUUUUUUAAAAGAACAUGAUAACUAUAUUAUAAACGCGGCUGAGAUCGACACUUGCGAAAAAAUUUGUAAUGUUUUGAUAUAUUUUUUUAAUGCUACUAAAACUUUUAGUCAUGUUUAUAAACCUACCGCAAACCAAUUUAUUCCACAAGCUGUUAAUCUCGCCGAUGCUUUUAAAGAAUUUCAGAAUGCCGUUUUCGUUCAUUAUUUUUGUGAUCAUAUGAAGGAAAAGUUUUUAAAAUAUUAUGCGCAUAUUCCCCAUAUUUAUGAUAUUGCAUUUAUUCUCGAUCCUCGGUAUAAACUUGCUAAUUUGGAAGAUUGUUUCAACUUCUAUUAUCUUGCAUUUUUCGGUGAAUUUCCAAUGUAUGACGAUAACCCCAUAGAUCCGAAAACGGAAUACAACGAGGUUAGUACUUUAUUCUAUGCCUUAUUUAAUGAGUUUCGUGCACAAUAUAGCAACGCUCCCCCUCCCCCGUCACGAACAUCUUCAUCUAAAGGAAAAUCGAUUUUUAAAUCUGCAUUUGGCAAUCUUAUGAAAAAAACUAAAACAACUCACGUCACUGAACAAAGCGCAUUGAAUGAGAUUACUUUGUAUUUAACAUAUGAAGUUGAUUUUGAAGAAAAUGAUGACUUUGACGUUCUAGACUGGUGGAAGUCAAAAGAAAGAACGUUCCCGAUUUUAGCAUGGAUGGCUAAGCAAGUACUAUCAAUGCCGGUUUCGACAGUUGCUGUGGAACAAGAAUUUAGUUCGGCCGGCAACGUCCUAACGGCAUCUAGAUCGAGAUUGAGCGCGGAGUCUCUUGAGACGCUUAUAUGCUACCACGAUUGGUUGAAGGCCGCACGUAGAACUCAAGAAUUGAGCAUCACCCCCUCCCAAGAUUUUAUGGAUGACUCAACAACCGAUGGUGGCUCUACCUAUGCCGGAGAUUCCGAUUGAUUAGUAUUUUAGAAUUUAUUAUAAAAUGUAUUUUAUAGCACUUGUCAAAUUUAUUUAUACUUGUACUUCAUUUUUCAAAAUUGUAAACUUGUACUUCAUAUUUCAAAAUUGUGUAGUUGUACUUCAAAUUAAUUUGUAAACUUGUACUUCAUAUUUCAAAUAAAUAUGUGUUCACUUUUUC